GCGGCGGGGCUGAGUCACGUCGGCGGCGAGCGGCGGCGGCGAUGAGGCAGCAGCCGCGGCGGGCGGCGGUGUUGUCGUCCUUCCACGCCUGAGGAACCCGCCUUUUUCCUCUCCCGCCCGCCUUUCUCUUCUCCUGCCUGCCUGUCGCGCCCCAGCGCCUCCGCCACCAUGAUGGAGGAGAUAGACCGGUUCCAGGUGCCCGCCGUGCGCGCCGAGAUGCAGCCGCUGGAUCCAACAGCUGCAUCUAUUUCGGACAGGGAUUGUGAUACCAGAGAGGGAGAGACUGUGGCCAUGAACUAUAAGCCGUCCCCACUUCAAGUGAAACUAGAGAAGCAGAGGGAGCUGGCUCGGAAGGGCUCCCUGAAGAAUGGCAACAUGGGAAGCCCAGUUAAUCAGCAGCCCAAGAAGAACAACGUGAUGGCACGAACAAGGCUCGUUGUUCCCAAUAAGGGCUACUCAUCGUUAGACCAGAGCCCAGAUGAAAAGCCGCUGGUAGCCCUGGAUACGGACAGUGAUGAUGACUUUGACAUGUCCAGAUACUCUUCCUCGGGAUACUCAUCAGCUGAGCAGAUCAACCAAGACUUGAACAUCCAACUGCUAAAGGAUGGGUACCGGUUAGAUGAGAUCCCAGAUGACGAGGACCUCGACCUAAUCCCCCCUAAAUCAGUCAACCCCACCUGCAUGUGUUGCCAAGCCACCUCCUCCACCGCCUGUCACAUCCAGUAGUGAGGCCGGCAGGCUGUGAUCAGUGCUUUCCACUAUAACUGUAAAACUUAACAGCCAUUGCUUCCUCCUAUGGUAGGACGUGCACCUCUUUGUGUUCAUGGAGCCAGGAGAAACCAAAAAAUUCAUUUUAUGAUUGGUUGAUAAAUUAUUUUAAACUACAAUUAAACAAACGAUAAGUUGCUCAAAGUGCCAGGCAGCGCCUGGCAGAACUGACUGAUCUGGAGAGCGAAUGCAAAGGGGUCCAGAGAUACCUCCUUGAUUUGUGUAGGCACUGGGGAUAUUUUAUAAAGUGUCUGUUCUAGAAUAGGAAGGGGUAGAUGGAGCUGCAGGUAAUCCUGCCCACGGAAACCAAUCCAUCUGCGAGAUCAGCAGUCUGAGGUGUCAGGGUUUUACCAGUGAGAGGAGGUCAGUUCUUAAUUCAUUCACUAAACCUGUUCCAUUUGCAUAACCAAAAUGAUGCUGUAACUGGGGCACAGGAAUGGAAACAGAGCUGGGCAUCCUCUCUUAUGGCAAGGCUAUCCAGGACUAGCAUGACACAGUUCAUUCACAUUGCAAAGGUGGCAUUUCACUGCGAGUCAGUACUAGCUGGAACUGUCAUGUCACAUGCUCAUAGUUCCACAUUAAAUUACCACCAAACACAUGAGAUUUGAUCUGCAAUCCCUCUGUGCUUUUCAGAUAUUCAGUCCUUGCCCAUACUCUUGAGUUCGGUCCAGUCACAUGUACUGACUUCAGCCUAUGCUUCUAUCCCAUGAGACCCACUUGCUUCCAAAAACCCGAAACUUUGUCCAAGUAAGAAGCUUUGUUCAUGCAUGAGUCCUGCAUGGCACAGGACUACAGCUGGAGGGUCUGAAGGUUGGUGCUGGAAAAGCUAGUUGAAGAUUGAACAUUUUUACAGUGCUCUUGGCACUGUGUCUCUUCAUACCUAUGGGAGAGAUUUGUUAAUGCUGAAGGCGACCAAGGGGUGAUGUCAGACUUUAGGGGAGUUUCCAACAACGGCAGGAUUAUGAACAGCUUCAGCUUAAAAAAACCCAUGAGAGUAAACUACUGUUUGUCCCAUAUCCACCCACUUACAAAACAGAUUUUAUCUGUGUUAGAGCUGUCCCAUGUCAGGAGCAACUGUGUUUGUUUAGUGCUGGAAUAGUCAGGAAACCUGGCACUGCAGUAGGUUGCUGGACUGAACUGCCAGCUCACCAGCAGAUUGUUUAAAAUGCAAAGUCAUUUCUGGAACUGGGAAAUGUGUCCUCUCCCUGGCUUCAGCAUAUGUGGGGAUCAGGCCAGGAAUGGGCUGGCAUUUUUCUCAGUGUCUUAAUCUUUUAUCCACUGGCACAGAUGUGUGUGCCAGGAGAAAGGACUGCCCUGUCUUGGGUCAUCACUUGCUUUAUAGCCUGUGGAAGAGAAAAAGCAAGGGCAUUUUUGCUUCUAUAAGAAUUCACAAUUUACUGCCCCCAGGCAGACAGAUUCCUCCAUCUGAAAUCUGCAUGAAGUGAGUGGAGUCUUUGAGAUGUCCUCUUCGUAGUUAGGAAGUUGAUUUAACAUCCUGGGGUUUCACUCUGUGCAGUGCUAAGCAUGAUAUCAUCCACAGCAUACGCAGAAGAGCAGACACACAAGAUUCCUGUGCUUUAUUAUUCACUAGCUGGUAUGGGCAACUGUUGACGCUGUGUUUGCCUUCCUUCCCUCAAACAAGCACACUGCCACCCUGUCUCCAGGCCACAGGAAGAUGGCUGCCUGGUGCUGUUUACUGAGCAUUCCUGCCUCCUCAUGCAGAAGUGUUGGUAAACUUGCCAGCUGCUCUAGGAAGAGUGUUCCUUAAGUGAAUUUCUCACUCUUUGUCACCACUUGAUAAUGCUGAGUGAGAAUAUUUCCAAAAUACAGCUGAGGCUGAGGUUAGCAAGUUGACGGGGGGAAAGGGAAGAAGUCUAUCAAUAUGGUAUAGAAAGAAAAGACAGAAGAACAUACAGAGUCUUGUGGGGAUUUUUCUAGGGGUAUGAUAGAAUCAUAGAGUGGUGGGCGUUGGAAGGGACCUUUAGACAUCAUCGAGUCCAGCCCCCCUGCAGAAGCAGGGUCACCUAGAUCAGGUCACACAGGAAUGUGUUCAGGCGGGUCUCAAAGACCUCCAGAGAAGGAGACUCCACACCCUUCCUGAGCAGCCUGUGCCAGGGCUCCCUCACCUCAACAGGGAAAUAGUUUUUGCUUGUGCUUAAAUGGAACUUCUUGUGUUCCAGCUUCAUACCAUUACCCCUCAUCCUGUCACUAGAUACAACACAAAAAAAGGGAUGUCCCAACUUCCUGACACCCACCAUUUAUAUACUUAUUAAUGAGGUCCCUCCUCAGUCUCCUUUUCUCCAGACUAAACAGCCCCAGUUCCCACAGCCUUUCCUCAUAAUGAAGAUGCUCCAGUCCCCUGAUCAUCUUGGUAGCCCUGCGCUGGACUCCCCAGCACUUCCCUGUCCCUCUUGAGCUGGGGAACCCAGAACUGGACACAGGACUCCAGAUGAGGCCUCACCAGGGCAGAGGAGAGGGGGGGAAGAACCUCCCUUGACCUGCUGACCACACUCUUCUUGAUGCAUCCCAGGAUGCCAUUGUCAUUCUUGGCCACGAGGGCACAUUGCUGGCUCAUGGUUAGUUUGCUCCCCAGCAGAACUCAGAGAGAGACCUGGGAGGUGACAACAUUCAGGAUGAGUUGUUCCAUCACUUUUCCAGGGAUAGAGGUGAGGCUGACCAGCCUGUAGUUUCCUGGGUCGCCCUUCCUGCCCUUUUUGAAGACUGGAGUGACAUUGGCCUUUCUCCAGUCCUCAGGCACCUCACCUGUCCUCCAUGAUUGUUCAAAAAUGAUAGCGAGAGGCUUAGCAAUCACAUCAGCCAGCUCCCUCAGCACUCUAGGAUGCAUCCCAUCAGGACCCAUUGACUGAUGAGCCUUAAGCUUGGCCAGCAAGUCUUUAACCUCUUCCUCUUCCACCUUCUGCUGUCCUGGCCAUCCUGUUAUCAUUGCUGGACUGGACUUCCUGAGAGCUGGCCUUGGCUGUAAAGACUGAAGCAAAGAAGGCAUUCAGUACUUCGGCCUUCUCUGCAUCCUCUGUCACCAGGGCACCCUCUGUGUUCAGCAGUGGGCCCACAUUCCCCCUCAUCUUCCUUUUGCUACUAAUGUACCUGAAAAACCCAUUAUUGCUUUCCUUUAUUUUCCUGGCCAGGUUUAAUUCCAGAAGGGCUUUAGCCUUCCUAGUUGCACCCCUGCAUGCCCUGGCAAUGUUCCUGUACUCUUCCCAAGAAACCAAGCCCUGUUUCCAGCUCUCAUAGAUGGCUGCUUUCUGCCUGAGUUAUCCCAGCAGAUCCUUGCUCAUCCAUGGAGGCCUCCUACCUCCUUUUCCCUCUUUUCUACAUAUGGGGACACACUGAUACUGGGCUUGGAGGAAGAGGUGCCUGAAGAUUGAUCAGCUCUCUUAGGUACUUCUACCUUCUAGGAUCUUAUCCCAUGAGAUCCGUCCAAGCAGGUCUUUGAAGAGGCCUCAUCCACUUCCUGCUCCUGAUCAGGUGUCCUGUAGCAAACUUCUGCAGCAGCAUCAUCCACCUUACCCUGCCCCUUAGUUUUCACCAACAACCACUCAACCUGCCCCUCCUCCCCACCCAGGCAGAGCUCAAUGCACGUUAAUUGCUCCCUCACAUAGAGAGCAACUCCACCUCCACGCCUUGUCAGCCUGUCUCUCCUGAACAAUCCAUGGCCCUCCAUGGCUGUGCUCCAGCCAUGGCAGCUGUCCCACCAUGUCUCUGUGACUGUAAUGAGGUUGUAGCCCCACAUCCUCAUAGAAUCAUAGAAUGGUUCCAUCUCAUCUCAUUCACAUCUCCAGUUCCUCCUGCUUAUUCCCCAGGCUGUGUGCAUUGGUGUAGAGGCAGCGCAGGGGCUUACUCAAACACUUAAACACACAGGUUUCCGUGGCUGGAUGCAGGAGGAUCCUCCCUGGUUUGGCUUUCCCUCAGGGUGGUCAGCCUUCUGCAUCUCAACGCGCUGUGUGGCUGAGGGACGCUUACUAUUGCAUUCCCUGCCCUGCCCUGUUUGAAUGAUGACUUGUUCUAUGUUACUUCUCCCUGCACCCCCCAAGUCCUUUAGUUUAAAGCCCUCUUUAUCAAGUUGAGUAGCCUAUUCCCAAAUAUUGCAGUGCCCUUAUGAGAGAGAUGAAUUCCACCCUGCCCUGUCAAGUUAUAGUCCCCAAAGAAGGUUCUGUUGUCAUAAAAUCCAAAACCUUCCUGCUGGCACCAACCUCUUAGAGGGGCUUUGUAGUUCGCAUAGGUACCAUGCAACGUCUCAAUCCCAUUUAUCCUCUGUGCCUUCCAGGCGGGCUGCAUGUGCUCAGCCCUUCCUACAGCCCUUGCUCAUGAGUUUGGAUCAUUCAGCAUGCCUGCUAGGGCAACAAGCUAUCCAAUUGUGUGGAUCCAGCUACAGAGGACUGCAGGUCCCACUGAUCACUGUCAUGCAGCCAUCUUGUUUGGUCUAGGAGUGAGGUUUGCUGACACUUUGUCUCCCAGGGUUAAUGCCUCUGCUCUGAAGGACAGAUCUUCACUGAUAAGCACUGCCCCAUGGCACCACGACCAAGUCCUUUUAUUGCCUCUAUUGCUGUUUUUUGCCUGUCAUGUGCCUCAAGGUAUUCCUCAACCCUGCAACUGCCCUCAGCCCUUUGCAUCGUGUGACGUGCAUCUGCUUUGAGUACAGCCCUUUUAGGGAGGGAGGGAGGGAGAUGAAUUUAAAUGUUAUACCCAGUGCUUCCUCCAAAUACAGACCGAAGCACAAGCCAAAUAUUUUUCCCUGUGCACAGGAGUGUGCUGCACAAAUAGCUGGUUUGGGAUGACAGUACAGGAACAUAAAAUGGCAAUUUUUUGGCUUCUCCUCUCUAUGCUUUGUGUUCAUAUAUUUUACUAGGGGGAUAAAGUAGAAAGGGUGGGGAAAAGUAGUUAUCUCUGUAGGGUUAUUAUCAGGAAGGCUGAACAGAUUUUGGCAGUGCAUAUGUGGCUAUCAUAGAAAAUUGAACACUAAGCCUUCUGAACCACAGCCCCUGAAGCAGGUUAUGACCAUGUGGCAUGUUUGUCGGCUCAUUAUGGAGUGUGAGGGACAGCCCAUCAGUAUGUAUUAACUACAGAUUGGGCUGACUCUCACUCUGGUCUUGCGUUUAGACCUUUGCCUCGGCCAGAAUGUUUUUCCUUGUGCCCUUGUUGGAGGUUGCACUGUGGUGACUUCCCAGGAAAGUGUAUAGAUACGUGGCCACUCUGACACUGCUCUCCUCGGACGAGUCUCUGAUGCUGUGGCCUGGGGAAGGCAAAAGCAAAGAGCAUGGACUCUGAUUCUCUGUCACAGUGUGAUACAGUCUUAAGAUCUGCAGAGCUGCUGGGCACUCUCCUAAAUGCAGAUUGCAUGCAAGAAAGCAAAUUGUUCCUUGUUACAGUCUUUGCAACAAACCAGAUGGUCUUCUCAGGCCCUACUUUCAGUCCAAAGUUGUACAGCAUACCAAGGGCAGGAGCACCAUGGUGUAUAAAAGGCUGCAUCGCUGUUGGUCUAAAUUACCAUGCAAAUGGAAUUUAAGGAUAUUGAUGAUGCAGCCUCAACAAAGAAAUUUGCAUUUGAUGCCUCCUAAAGCCAGACUGGCUUUUUGUCAGGAUUCUGUGUAAUUUCAGUCACCAAAUUACCCGAGUUUAAGCAAGUCCUGUCCCUUUAUCAUCUGCUAAUUUUGCCCUUUCAUGUGAGCUGGCUUUGAACACCAGGAUCUCAGCACUCAACUCUAUUUCUCUGGUCUGCAAAUUCCCCAUUUGCAGAUGUCUCUGUGAGGAGAAACAUUCUCCUCCUGUUGAGGAAGAUCUUCAGAUAGCAUGGUCUAGGAUGAAAAUUAACUCCAUCCCAGCUUGGAGGAGCAUAUCUUCACGUCCGAUGUUGCUGCAUGUCUUACCCCAAUAUGUAGGCUUGGCCAUUGGGUCUGCUAUGCUGUCUAGUUGUCUUGCCUGCAGAUGCCUUGCAACUAAAAAAAACUGGGGGGAAGCUACUGCAUGGACUUUGAAAGGGUCUUCAGGGCACUCCCCCAUGAAUAGUAUGGACUCAGCUGCUUCUGCUUUGUCUCUCUAGCUCCUUUCCCAAAAGAAAGUCUUCACUCUGCUCAGCUUUGUGCUGGCUGACACAUUGGUCUGCAGUCCUGAGAGGAAUCCUUUCCUCUCUGUGCAGCCUGUCCUUGGGCUGACAUAUGAGCUAUACAACAGCAUGCUUGAAAAGUACAGCGCCCUGUAUGUGACUCCACAGAAACAUGCUUUUGAAGAAGGGAAGGACCCAGCUGGGCACCAGAUGGAACAACAGGAAAAGGAAAACAAGUAGAAACUACAAAGGUUGCCAAGAGCUGUCUUGGCCUAGGGCAGAUCCCAGUUGUCCGAAUUAAUCUGUCUCAGAGCAGUGCUGCUACCAGCAGGGAGCAAAGCUCGAUUUCAGAUGCACACACCAGAAACACCAUGUCCCUGAGCUGGCACCAUGGCCAAAUACUACUGCAGAGAGUGCACUGGGCUGUUAGAACACAGAAAUGAGAUCAGAAGUCCCUUGCUGCUGCUGGCACGUGGUACACAUCUGCUCUAAGCCCAGGCAGGUCACAUCCUUGUGUCCAUUCCCUUUUGCAGCACAGGGGGGAAAUCUGCCUUCCCAAGAUGCUACAACCAUCCCCAAGUGUGUGAUGUGCACCAUUGAUAGGACAAGCAAAGAUGCAAAAGGCAUGCUAUAGAUAUUCUAUACAUAUUUGCAAGGUGUUACCCUGCUUUCCCUCUGUUUAUCAGCUUCUGAUGUUGUUUACAUGUGCCAGAAGGCUGCAGGGUGUAGGUUAGUAGAGAGAUUAAGGAGCUUUGGGGGAAGAUGUUUGGCAAGGAUGUUUUUCCCGGUUAUUUGGCAACUUGCUCUCAAACAACUGGCUUCUCAAUAUGUGUGCUGCCACAGGGAACAUGCAAGAAGAUUUGGCAGCCCAACAGCACCAUCCCCUGCUAGUGGAAUUACAGACUUUAGGAAUGCAACUGGGACAGCAAGUGCUGAUGGAGGGAAGAGAGCAUUGGAAGAUCCAUUUGGGAUAUUCCCACCGCAGUUUCAUGUUCUUACUUCUAGUAUCCAUAUAAUCACCUGAGGGUAUAAAGUGGCAGUUUUACGUGGGCUCUUCCUUCAAUUUUACAUUUUUGAAGCUCACGUGGGGUAGGGCCACUCUUAGCUAUAAUGAAGUAGGCUUUGUCACCUGGCUGCUGCUUGACUCAGCAAGCAAGGCUACAUGUUCAAAAGACACAUCUGCAUAGAUGGGCAGUAACAUGUGGUGAGUUGAGCAAGGAGAAGGCAUGGGAGGUUCUUCAUUUUAAGAUGCUUUUCAUCUCUAGGUGAUUGCAUCCUUGUAAUUUCCUUUCAAGGCUUUCCUGUGAGAAUAAUUGCUACAGCCCUGAACCAGAUUUCAUCACAAAAACCCUUCUCUUGUCACAGAGCCACCCAAGUUCUGAAGCAGAAGGGCCAGCAGUUUAGCACAGAGGAAGCAGUUGCAACCUAAGAUUACCUACAGAAGAUUAAUGCAAGUUUCUCACAAAGUCUGGCAUCCAUAUUUUACCUGCCUAUAUAAUGCAUCUGAGCUGCUGCAUUGCUUCCAAAAAAUGACAGCUACAUCCCCUCCUUUGCCUGCCUUGACAUUGGUGACAAUUGCAGGAUUACACCAGAUAAACACUGCUUGUCUAGUUGCUGUUUUUGCAGCUCGCAGUGGAGGCAAAUGUUGGGGAUGAAUUGAGAUUACAUGGAGCAGAGCAUGGUGGCCCACGCAAACAGGCAGCAAGCCACGUUGCAGAGCUGAUAGACACUGGCAGAUCAGGUUUCAGCUCUCCCUGGUGCCUGUGGAGAGCAGCUCUUCCCAUUGUUCCCCAGACUGCUGUGGUUCAAGCCCAGCCAGCAAUGAAGCACCACACAGCCACUCGCUCACCCCACACACACACCCGUCUCCCAAGGGAUGGCAGAGGCCCCAGUGAGAUGGGAAGAGAAGAGGUAAGCAGGGGCCUUGUGGAUUGAGACAAGGGCAGGGGGAGCUCACUGCCAAUUAUGGUUUGGGCAAAACAGACUUAACUUAGAGAAGAAACAAAGAACAGUUCAAUCUACUACCAACUACAAUCAGAAGAGCCAGACAGCCAAAAACCAGAGCAGGAUGAUGAAAAAAUACAAACCAGCACUUCAAGAUCUCCCUCCCCCACCCCUCCCUUCUUCCUGAGCUCAACUUCGUGCUCCACAUAUCUCUACGUCCUCCCCGCUCAGCAGCACAGGGAGGCAGGGAAUGGGGAUUGCAGUCAGGCCCUCACGGUCCCCGUUGUUCCUUCUUCAGAGGAGGAGGAGGGCUUGUCAUGUUCUUCCCCUGCCCCAACGCAAGAUUCCUCUAAGAUGCAUUUUCUGUGGGAAGGAGCCCACCUCUCUGCUUGUACCUGGUCUGUGGAACCAUUUCUAUAGUAACAAAUAGGUGAUACAGGCAGUGGAAUGUCAUCAGAGAAUGGAGGUACAAAAGAAACCUCAUUAAAAUGUGACCAUCUCAGACACGUCACUGUAGGCACAGUAGGCACUGGGAAAAGGCCAUGCUAAGUCUCAUUACCUGCUGAGAUGUUUACCCUCCUAUAGCAGCAUCUCUCCCCUAGUUGACCAUCCAGCUGCCUCAGGUGAGGUCACUGGGAAGCACUGCUCUCUACCUUCUUGCUUCCGCACCCUCAAAAAGCUGUGACUCCAUUUGUUACCCACAUUCCAUGAGCCUUCAUGACCUGAGAGACACAGAGUUUGUUGGGACAUGGAACACAGACGCAUGGAGAGAGUUGGAAAGCCUGGACAAGCUCUCUUCACACAGCCCUUCUGUGGUUUUUAAUCACCUUCAUCUCCAUUCCCAGCUCACAGAUUUCUUUGCAUGGAGAAGCGGUGGUGGCAGCUGUGCUCAGCUUGUAGCUGCCCCUGUCCCGAGACAAACCCAAAGGCAAACAUCAGACCAGUGGGACAUGCAACGAACACGAUGGUGGGUGAGCCAGAGAGCAGGCUGGGAUUUCUCAUCACUUGCCUGAUGGUUGUGGGGCUGAAGGUACACCAGGCUGCUGUAAAACCUGGGUAUAAGGCAGCAAGUUGAACCAGCAGCCUUGCCAGCCCCUUGGCCCAGGGAUGGAGGCCUGCAGCAGAGGCAGGGUGGGUGGCUGUCAGCAUCCUCUUGCUGUAAGGCAGGGUGGUAAGGCUGUAGUGCUGCAGGGAGAAAGGCUCUUGCAGAGGAUGAAGUCUUUGCAGGAAAGAAAAUUCAGAAAGAUUUUUCCUCUCCCCUUUUUGCACAUAUUUAGCCAUUUUUAGUCCUUCCGCAGAGGUUAUUGAAACUUCAGUUUUGUAAGGGAAAUGAGCCACUGUUAAACGGCCUUCUGGAGGGUUUGAAAGCUGGCACUGCCUGCAUGAAGAGCUGGACUGUGUCUAACAUGCAACUUCCAGACCUCCUGGUACAUCCUGUAGCUGUGUGGGGACUGGGUUGGGAGGGUCAGCACUGGCCAUCAUGCCAAACAGCCAGGGCUUCCCAAACUGAAGAAUAAUCAGAUGGGAAAGUUGGGGAAGAAGCAGCCACAGUAGAAAGAUAACUAGUCUCCACAGGUAAUCCUCAGUAUCUGUGUCCAGUGGUUAGUCCUAGAGUUGCAAGCCUUGUUUUAUUGCACACAUCCUCCUUCCACUCCUCUUCUCUCAAAGCAGCCAUCACCUUUCCUCCUCCCUGCCCCACACACUGGCAGUGAGCAUCAGAGGCAGUUGCACCAAAGUGACUCUCAGCCCAAUCCUGCAUCCUCCUCUCUCGCUGGAGCCCAAGGCACCCCAGAUAGUCAUUGGCCAUCACAAGUCUCGUAACUCCGCUUGGUUUCUUUCCUUGUGUACCAUACCUUCUUUAGCAUGCGCUCUAGCAGGGCAGUACAGAGGGCUCUGACUGUGUCCCAGGAAGCUUCUUUGCCCCCUGGCAGCACCUUGCAGACAUGCACCUUAAUGGGAAUGUACUGGGUUGAUGCUGGUGAGGUCUGGCACUGCCAAUGUUGCAUGGGUGGCAGCUGAUGGGGAUCCACUGGGGAAGGCUGGCAGGAAGCAGCUACUGUCCCUUUUCUUUUCUUUUUUUGAGGGAGAAGGGGAUAUUUUUGGCAUUAUGAUUAUUGUCCACCUUCCAGUGGCCAAGUUCUGGGCUGCAUUAAUAAUUGGGGAACAUUGGCUGUCUGGGAAGGUAUGGAGCUUCGCACCAACCUUAGUAGCAAAUGUUGUGGCUGUAUCUGGAGCCUGGAUACAGGCUGCGUUUCUCCUGUGCUGGCAGAGUGCUUUCAGCAGGCUCCCAAUACGACAUUCCUGGCAGACAGGGAAACAGCACUCCUCCGAGUCUGGAUCAAAUCUGCACUUACAUUUUGUGCCCUUGACUUGGAAAAAAAACAACCCUCAACCCAAGCAAAUACUUCCCAGAUCUCCUUUCCCUGUGUGGUACCUCGUGCCCCAGGGGAGGGCGUGGUGGGAGGCAUUUCAGGAUCACCAAAAGCAAGAUCCUUUUUGGAUGUGUUUAAUGGAAAUAUCUUUCAGGAGGAGAGACCUCCCAACCUUUGUGUUAAUCUCGAGCAGGGGAUUAAUUUCCGGCUGUCCUUGCGUAUAGUGAAACACAGCUGAAACAGCCAAAUGCAAAGUAGAGUUAAAUGUAGGGUUUGACCUGAAUAACCUUUUAAUUAGGAAGAUAAAUUUGUUGUAGCUUGACCUUAGUCCGUGUUAGGAACCUGCUAAUCAUUUGACAUGCAGAGUGUAUUAAUGCUGCACUUAACUUGGCCAUUGGUUUUAUUAUCUGGUUUGGGGAGUUUUUUCACUCCCAAGGCAUCAGUCUGCAUUGUGUAUGGUUUUCUUUCUUCUCUUUUUUUUCCCCCCAUUCAGAACAUGUAGCACACUGUUGUACUUCUGUUCCUGUCUGUGUAGAGUAUUGCCUUAAACAGAUCAGUUGUGUUGUGGUUUGUUUUGGGUUUUCUUUUUUCUACCACCAGUUUUAUGCAUUAAUUUAUUUUAAAGAUGUGGGGUGUUGUGGUUUUUGGUUUUGGUUGGGGUUUUUUUUUUUCCAAAACGUAAACCAUGUAUAAUAUUUUUUUUUAACAUUUCCAUUUGCAGUAUUUAUCAUUGUUACUGGUUGUGUGUAGUGUAACAGAAUUAAUGAUAUUAAAAUGCAUACAUAUGAAAA